AUGGCUCUUCGCCAGAAUGGAACCGGAAAGCCAAAGAAACUACCCCACACCACGGUGCAGAGGUUCUUGAGUUGGGGGCUGCCCAACUGCUGUAGCCAGUUCCUGUGGCGCUACCCGGGCCAGUUCCCUGCCACUGCUUUCCUGCUGGGGGCAGGCACUGGGGGGCUCCUGGCCAUAGGUCUCUUUCAGCUCCUGGUGAACCCAAUGAACAUCUAUGAAGAGCAGAAGAUGGUGGUUUUGUACAGCUUGGUGGGUUUGGGGGCCAUAGGUUGGGGGAUGUCCCCUCAAAUUCGCUGUGCCAGUAUCCUUUUGGUGCCCAAGAUGCUGGGCAAAGAGGGCAGGCUGUUUGUCAUGGGGUAUGCUUUGGCUGCCAUCUAUGCUGGGCCAGUAGCCAAUAUGCGGCACAACCUCAACGAAGUGAUAGGGUCACUGGGCUGCACGGUGGACCUGCAGAUCAACAACAGCCGCGCGGCCUGGCGCGUCUCCACAGCCCCCUUGAGGGCAGUGUUCAAGGAUCUGCUGCGCAGCAAAGAAUCACUGCAAAAAGAGUCUCAGAACAUCACUAGCUCCUUUGAAGAUCUGGAUAAUCAGGUGAAGAGUGAGGCUGGCUACUCACCUGAAGAUGGCAUGGACUUAGAGGAAGCAACCAAAGGCAAAAAGAAGGCCCGUGGGGCGUCCAACAUCAGAGUCCCCUUGUCGACCCAAAAGAUGUACGAGAUGAAGACGAAGCUGCGUUGCUCCCAUGUGGUGAAUCUAGGCAUACGGAGUUGCCGCCGCUGGUUUGACCAAAAACAUAAAGACUGCAUGAAACGCAUCUGGGCCCCAAUCAUCAACCACCUGCUCUGCCUGCCGAUGCAGUUCAAGUUCUUCUGUAACAUUGCCAAAUUGAUAGAGAUUUGGUGCCGCAAACGCAUCCCAGUGGAAGGCAACUUCGGGCAGACCUACGACUCCCUCAACCAGUCUGUCUAUGGUCUGAACAAGGAAUUUUCAGCUAAAAUUAACAUAAAGGAAGAGAGGCAGACUGGGCUGGUGGGCCUCAACAAGAGCUGGGAGCAGGUGAGCACUGAGGUGCGAGACUACGUGGAGCGGCAGGAGGCCCGUCUGGAGUGGACCCUCGCCCUGCUACAAGUGCUGCUGUCCUGCACCUUCCUCGUAGUCCUCCACGCGUGCUUCUCCUACGUAGACAACUAUAACCGGGACAUCCGCUUUGACAACAUCUAUAUCAGCACCUACUUCUGUCAGAUCGAUGAGCGCAGGAAGGAGUUGGGAAAGCGGACUCUGCUGCCCCUGCGCAAGGCAGAGAGGACGGCUGUCAUCUUUCCCUGCAAGCCCGCCAUCCAGGCCUCAGAAAUGAAAAACUUGGUGAGGGAGCUCCUAGAGACCGUGCCCAUCCUGCUGCUGUUGCUGCUGCUCUGUGUGCUCGACCAGGCUCUCUAUACAGUCUUCGACACCAUCCGCCAGCACUCCUUUCUGCAGUACACCUUCCGCAGCAGUCAUAAACUGGAGGUGAAGGUUGAGGGGAACUCGAUGCUUGCCCGGCUUCUUCGAAAAACCAUCGGAGCCCUGAAUACCUCCUCAAACGUGGAGGUGGAGACAAACAACAUGCCCUGCCUGCCCCAGCCCGUGUGCAUGGAUGCCAAGGCCUACUGUAAGACUAUGUUGCCGACUGGCCUGCUAGCCUGUCUCUGCCUAGCCCAGGCUUACGGCUACCGACUCCGCAGGGAUGCAGCCUUCUAUUUCCCCAAGGUAGAGAGAAGACGGAUCCUGUUCUUCUACAACGAGCUCUUGAGGAAGAGAGCCUUCUUCACCAAGCUAAGGAGGGCGCCCAUCAUAAGGCGGGCGCGCCAGCAAAGGGCUCCGCGCCACCACCUGGUGAUGUCCUGCACCACCGCUUCGCCUGCGCCGCUGCGGCCGGCGCUGCCGCUGCUGGUGUGCCAGGAGCCCGAGACACCGGAUCCUACGUGUGCCCGACCGGACUGCGAGGCCGUGUACUGCCAGCCCUGCUGGGACGACAUGCGGCAGCAGUGCCCGGUCUGCACCCCCCGCGAGGAGCUCUCCUCCUCCGCCUUCAGUGACAGCAACGACGAUGCGAACUACGCGGAGUGAAGGGCUCGCGGCUCGCUUUCCCGCUCACCUUCCCGGUUAAUAAAACCGCCGGCACGUUCCCGCCUGGCUGCACUGCGAGCGAGGGGGGGACGGGCUGAGCCGGGCGCCGUCGAGCAAGGCAGUGGAUCCCAGCCACCCAGGUCCCAGCCACGGAUCUGGGGCGGGGAUCUGAAUGAAGCCUGGGUAGAGGGAAGGGAAGGCGCGACAACCAAGCC